AUGGGCUGUGGUGCAUCCAGCGGGCCCGCGCCUGUCGCGCCGGUCGCGCCGGCGCCGCCGGCGGAGGCCGAUCUUGGAAUUUCACCCGCGAGGAUCGAAGCUGCGAGCCAAGGAGAUGAAAUUGCCCAGGAUGACUUCUUCAGACAGCUGUUUCGCUUCUCAGAAAACGGAGAUGAACAAAAGCUGUGUGAUCUACUGAACGCGUGGCCUGCGUCUGUGAAACAGCGUGGGGCUUGGGAGACCAGCGUCAACGCCGCGCGCUUUCAGCAGACCCGGGUCUUGCAGAACAUGUUGGACUUGGGCGUCGAUCCUCCGAUCGGCGAGGACGAUGAGGAGGUCAAUCCUUUGAUCAAGGCACUCCAGCGCGGCUAUUGGGACGUCGUUGGAGUGUUGGUGCCAAAGGCAUUGCAACACGACUUCUCUACAAAGCUCCUUGAAGAAUCUAUGUUGGACUUCGUGGUGGCAGGUGACUAUAACACGCUCAGGAGGUUCAUGAAGUCCUUCCAGAUUCCAGGCAGCGGCAAACUGCUUUGUGCCGCUUUGUUGCUGAGUCCUGACAAUCUUGGCCCAAUUGCAGACGAGAUGGUUUCCAUGAUCGUGGAGCAUAUGGAUGAUUUCAACAAACCCAGCUCGUUCACGCCUGAUGCUAAGAAGGUUAAGGUUGGAUGGGAGAGCUUUUCGCCCAUUCAUGCUGCAUGUCGGGCCAAAAAGACUUUCAACCGCAAGCUGAUUCAAUCCUUGAUCGACAAAGAAGUGGUCCUCUCGGAAUGGGGCACCGAGAUGUUUGCGGAGACGAACUGGGGGGGGGAAAAGGCACAGCAAGACCUUUGCAAAGCGAUUGCCCCUGCACUAUGCAGCAGAAAACCAUCAUUCCUCCUUCAAGAUCAUUGA